CUGGUAAAUCCAUAUGAGACCAGUCUUGAAACUUGUUAUUUGCCGACCGUAUAAAUAAAUUAGAUAUCAGGGUCUUCGAGUAGUCUGGUCGUGAAUUUUCGCGUUGGGGGUCAACGGAAUACCCAUUGAAAUUAGUGAAAGAACCAUGGGAAAGAAAUUGUUGGAACCCUUUCUGGUGCUGAUGCUAACUGGGAUCUUGUGCCAGGCGCACGUCGUACCGCAGCCCCUCACCGCUAGCUUCAGUGGAUCCUCUUCUUCAGCCUCAGCAUUCAGUCAGGCCAGCUCAAGCUCCUACAAGUUCGAUGGCAACGUGGAUCCCCAGCAAAUCGAGCAGCUGAAACACGCGCUAACUGCCGGAGCUGCCGCUCAUGCAUCUGCAGGUGCAAGUGCUGGAUCUGCAGCUCAAGCGGGAGCUGUAGCUGAAGCUAAAGCUGGAGCUGCUGCUGGUGCCGGAUCGCUGAGUGGAGCCACUGCGGCUGCAGGAGCUGCAGCAGCAGGCAGCUUAGGAACAGAACAUGAAACAAACUCGAUCAGCGAACCGGCAGUACCAGUGGAUGCCGGUAGCUACAAAUCCAUAGGAUCCGACAAGUACAGCACUGGAUACUCCAGUGGGGCAAAAACCAACUACGCAGUCAGCAACAACUACGUUCACGGAUCCCAGAACUCCGUGGGAGGCUGUGCGACUUGCAAAGGUCCAUUCCCAGGCCCAAAUGGCAGCAUCCACGACUAUAAGCUCGCUUCUUCAGUGCCCGCCCUCGCAGGAGCUCAAUCAGGACAGCAAGCGUCUGCUGGAGCCGCUGCUGUUUCUCACCAAACGUCCACUACUUUUCCCGGAGAUUCAGGGCACAUUUACACCAGCAAACCAGUCACAGAGCAUCAAGGGGCAGGGGCUGGAUCUUCUGAGUAUUCGGGAUCAGGUCACGUUUCUUCUGGCUUGAUUUCUUCAUUUCCCGGACCAACGGGAAGCAUCUACGACAGCAAGCCAGUAGGAGCUGCAGCUGCAGCUUCAUCCGGAGCUGCCUCUGGAGCCUCGUAUGGUGCAGGAUCAGGUGCAACUUCUGGCUCCUCUACAUCUUCAGGCUUCUCUUCACACACGCUUCCAGCUCCCCCCUGCUCAUACUCUUCUGGAAGUUCAAACUGCGGCGUUGCCCCCCACUCAAAUCCCCAGCCAAAUGCUGGAUCUGGAUUGUCGGGGAUUAUUGGGGUUCUGCCUGGCCCAUCUGGCAGUAUCCACGACAGCAAACCUGCAGUAGCUGGUGCUCAUGGCGCUGCUGCAAUUGCAGGCAGUGGAGCCUACAGUGGGUCUGGAUCAUUGACCGGCGGCCAUUCUGCUGCUGCAGCUGGAGCCGUAGCUGAUUCUGGUGUCGUUGGGGGUUCCUAUGAUGGAACAGGCUCGAUUACCAACAACCCCACUACUCACUCAGCGUCCAGGCCUGUUUCUCAGGUCAGCUCAGGAGCAGUUUCUCAAGCGAGCGCAAGUGCCAGUGCUCAAGGAACUUCUGAAGUCAAUGGUCCAUUCCCAGGACCAAGUGGAAGCAUCCACGAUUACAAACCCGCUCCAGUCGUAGGAUCAGGCUACUCUGGAUCAGGGGCUCAGCCUGCCUGCAGUUACACCCCUGGUUCUCCAAAUCCUUGCUCCACUGGAGGUUCUUCAUAUGGAUCGUCUGGGAAUGUCGUCAAACAGCCCGUUUUGUCUGCUGCUGGAUCAGGCUCAUCAACCGGCUCAUACGAUGCAGGAUCGUCAAGUUCAUCAGAUUACAGUGGAUCAGUCAGCAACAUUCCAGCGUCGCACCCAGUGGUAGGGCCAGCAUGCAGCUACACGCCUGGAAGUCCCAGCAAAUGCAGUGGAAAGGAAAGCUCCGUAUCAGCGCCUUCAAUUCACCCAGAAUUGCCAUCGUCAGGGACUUACUACGUGAAUAAGCCAUCUGUAGAUGUGGAGCCUCCACUAGUGGUUGCUGCGCCUAAUUUCUCCAGUCAGUACCCUUGUGUGGACAGCAGUUGUGGAACGGUACAAAACGGUGCCGAAAGCGAUGCCCAUGCUGGAUCUGGAGGAUCUGGGGUAAUUUACGUGGAUCACAAUCAAGAGGGACAGUAUCAAGGUGUGAACCACGACAGUGCUCACCUAUCUGGAGGUCUGGUGUUCCAAAAUGAGGACGGAACGUACAGCAAUGCGCCCAUUGCGGGAAACCCCAUCUACAAGAACGCGCAAAAGGGGGGAUAUGCUGUCAGCUCCAACGAAGCUGAUAACACUGGAAUUUUGAUCGGACCAGGAACUGGACAACUGCCGGUGGAAGCUGACGCGAAGCCAUUUGGAACCCAAGGGGCUUUUGGAGGUUCCGCUGCUUUUGCUAAGGACGCUAGUGGUAGCCAAGGGCUAUCUGGAGGAGUUAGUGGUGGAUUUACCAAUAAAGCUCAAGCAAUUUCUGGAAGUGGAGCCUCAAGCGGGCACAACUAUGGCGCUGCUAAUCAGCAGCAUUCAACCAGUAGCUCCGGGGCUUUAGAAUUCGGAUCAGAAAUCACUCCAGUCAAGGAGCAAUGUUCUUCCUGUGGAGACACUGAAGUAAUUGCCGCAGAACCAAUUCCCUCAUCCUCACACGCAGGAGCAGGAGCUUCAGGAUUUGCGACUGGUCACGUCCUCUUGAACCAAGGAAGUAACACUUAUGAUGUAACGAACGCUGGAGCGUACUCGGGAAGUUCGCAGUUUGGAUUGCCUGGUUGUGGCAGCGGAAAGUGCAGCUUUGGAGGCGGAAGCUAUGGAGGAGCGCAAGCAGGCGGGAUUUUGGAAAAGCUGUUCGGUGGUGGAGGAUUGUCUGGAGCAGGUUUCAAACAGUUUGGAAGUCAAGCUGGAAGUGCUGCGUAUUCCAGCUCAGGAUCGUACUCCGGAGCCAGUGCAGGUAGUUUUGCAAGCGCCCAGGCCGGAGCCUCCGCCAGAGCCCAAGCCGGAUCUUAUGCCCACAGCUAUUAACCUAAUUUAUUACGUCCUUACAAAAUAGCUGAAAAUGUGUGAUUACUUUGAAUUGUAAAAGAAAAGACUUGACUUAUAAAUACAUAUUUUUAAUUUAA